AAAACUGAAAAUUUAUGACGACGGCACGACGAAUCACUGCACAAACGUAUGUACUCGACCGUUGGUAACUACUAGAUACUAUGGACACGGAAGCGAGAUAGAAAACGGUCCGAAAACCACAAAGAAAUGACGGUGAAAAUCACGACCAAAACAACAAUCAACAAAUCAAAAGUAUGGGUGGCGCUUUUUCCCGAAAGAGAUGUGUUUGCUUCUCUGCACGUUUUGUCGAGUCGCUCGUUGCAGCAUGGCUGCGCGUGCUACAUCCUUCUUGUUCAGGAGCGCUCGGCACUCGUCAAACCAUUCUGCUCUGUUGUGCUGCUAAUUGCUGUCUUCAAGGUGCUCCAGCAUCCAUCGAGGGGAGCAGCAUCCAGUUCGUCUACCCCCGGCAACGCAGCUUCAAGACGCUGCGAGUAUGUUGCAGCAACGUGCCGCAGCUCUGGUAGAUGGUAUACCCACCCUGGAACGAUCGCACCAUCGAACCUUUCCAGCACACCUCUUGCAGCCUUACGAUUGAAAUUGCAGGCUCUUAAUUUCCAAAGAAUUCGGGUACUUGCAAGAAAAUUGCGAGACUUGUAG